AUGCCAACACUAAACGGAGACAAUAACAGAAACAAAUCAGCGGCAGCCCACAACGAAGCGGAGAAAGCAAAGCCCUUCAUUAUGAGCCAUCGCAAUUAUAACGGCGGUCGACGUCACGAUCAUCGUCCCGAAAAGCGACCCCGACCAGAGAUCCGAUCUUUCCCGAACGGCAGCAACAACCAAUCACGGGGUCCCUUACAGAAUAGUGAUUAUCAUCAUCACCGCUACAACCCAUCACGGAGACCAACUGACACGCAUUAUGAACCAUCGCUUCCGUCGCGCGAUCACCAUCGCGGCGGGAGAGGGCCGUAUAGUGCUGAUAAUGGUGCCUCAUCCUACCGUCAAACAACUCACAGGCAGCGGACUACUGCACCACCAUCCUCAUUCCCGCUAUUGCGGCACAACGACCAAGAACGCGGUUUGAAUAGAGAUUGGGACCGCCGGCAAGGUGGCGCAGAUCACUCGCAACAAACGGUAUCAGCUUCGGCGUCGGCGUCACACGGAGAUCCGCAAAAUCGCCCUGUUGGGAACACAAGCGACGAUACUAGGCUCGAGCCCAGUUCCGAUUCCCAGCCGUCGUCAGCCAAUCUUAAGCAUCAUGACGCGCCCGUACUGGUACCACCAGACGAAUGGGCAGCCAUGACGCAUGACGAGAAGCUCCAAAAUAUGCUCGCUUGCCGCGAUUUGGUUGCACUAGGCUUGCCCGCUUUAAAUUAUCGUCAAAUCGAGCAGCGAUACCCGCUCGCUGUAGACGAGACCAAAAACGCGUUACGUGCCAAGCUCCAACAGCAAGAUGCGGUGCGAGUUCGGGAAAUUCAAGAAAGAUACGAAUCGGAAAGCGACCAGUACUCGAGCGACGACAUGCAACGAAACAUGGUGGUAUCGAAACCUACGCUGGGUCCACCAAAGGAUUUUGUGGCCGCAUUCGUAGCGUUCAUAGAAGCGCUUCCCGAGUGUCUCCCUCUCACUUUGGGCUUUCACAUUUCGCUGGGCUCCGAUGACUUUUGCUUCUGUCCCUGCGGAAAGCGCAUGCGCACUUGGCGCGCACAAUUCCGUCUCAGCGUACCGGAAUGUCAAGGGAGUAACAAAGGUGGUACAGGUGGCCGUGCUCACCACGGUGGCAAGGCACCAAAGGCAUUGCUCUGUCACGUCGACGCCAAGCAAUCUUGUGUCUGGCAUUGGAUUGUCGGCACAUACUUAAGAAUCCUAUACAAAGAAUAUUGGAAAGACUCUCAAGGAAGGCCAAUCGUAGGACAUAAAGCUCUGUAUGAUGUCAAUGGAAAAGCAUGCAAGGUAGCAGAGAGGAUGGAGCAAGCGGAGAUUAUGAGACAAAUCCAGUAUCUUCACACACUGUUUGAAAAAGAGAAAGAAAAAGCAGAAGAGCUACAGAGAAGAGCUCAGCACUUUGAGGAAUUGGCCAAGACUACCGACCGUGCCAAAGAUUACCAACUCGAAGCCGACACAGAAGAUAGCCUUUUGAAGCAUUUCAAACUCGACAAAAGAGAUUCCGCGAAGAAGGUUGUAUUGACGGACAGCGAGAAAGAUUCCUUCAGCUUGAAACGCUCCUACUUUUUUGAUUUGUGUCGGCGCGCCCUCCGUUGCAGAAAAAUCGAAAGUACAGCUUCAAUCGAUCUUGAUGUUGAUCAUGGUUUCUCACUUCAGGAAUGUUUUGAAUUCUGGAAACAAUCAAAGGACGAAAGCCACCGGUUUCUAUUCUCUAAUCUAAAGAAGAACGAAUGUGGAGUGUGGCUAAAUCGUUGGAAUAUUCAAUUUUCUGCUGCCAUCAACACGAAGGCUGAGAAAUGGGAAGAUCAAGACAGUUUGGUGGCCGUAGACGACGGCGGGCCAACUCGGGUUUUUGUCUCGGAAGUGUGGCGGCAAUUGCCAGCGUUGAAAGCUCAUCAUCGAGGAUUUGAUGUAAGCCUUUUCGAUAGCGACCAAAAGGGAGGCAACGUUACACCUUGUGGUAACGAUUGGCUCCAAAGCAAAUUUGGAAAGAACGCUGAAAUUGAAGAGAUUCGCGCUGCGCUCCGUCCUUACUAUAGAGCGGUCGGACGAAUCAUGCUGCAUUGUUUUUUUCAUGACAUUCCACUGGCAGCACACACGAUGCCACCGUUGCUUCGACACUACCUACUUCGCGGUGUAAGUCCAAUUGAUAAAGGCUACCCAUUGUCUGAUUUAGUCACCGACGUAGUCAAAAUGACGAAUUUAAGCUCAGCCGAUAACCCUGUUGUCGAGUUCGUGGAAAUGUGUGGCGAUGACGAAGAAGCAGAAAAUACAGAAGACAACUUUCGCUUAAUGGCUCAUAAACGGUUCAUCGAGGAAAGCGACAUUUCGCUUGAAGCUCUUAAAGAGGGGCUUACUCUGGACGGAGAGGUUGAAAUUUCUUUCCUUUACAGACCGCUAUCGAUCAGUGCUCUUAACGAGAUCCUUUUUAGCCGUGAGCAGGUCACGGCGAAAGAUCUAUGCUCCAUCAUUGAAGUUCAGUACGAUGAUAGUGUCGGACAUGAAGCCGUUGAGAACCAGAAAAGUAUACUUCGGCUCGAAGAGGACAAGGAAGGCAAAUUGAUCUGGGUCGGAGCUUUACCUGAAUUAAUUUACCGGCGUGCGCGAACAGAGCCUGAAUAUCCACGGCGGGUUCUAUUCUUCGCUACUGGCCUGUUGUACCUCCCCUACCAGGGUGUGAAAUUGAUCGUGGAAUUUAACAUUGAGGAACUGGCUGCCGAAGACUCCCUGCCGGUCGCGCACACUUGCACAUACGUGAUGAAACUUCCUGGUCUCGCCUACAAUGGGAGUUCGGAGACGCUAGAAGAACGGCUUGAUUACAGUAUGUGCAACAGCGACAAAGUUGGCUUUGACAUUUCGUAAAUCUUCGGUUGAGACACAAAUUUGCGUCAAGACGUACACAAAGACAGUAAAACAGUAAAUACUUUAAUCAGGACUA